UAUCAUGCCGACACUGACUUGAUGCAGUGUCGAUAGCGGAACACACUUUCUACAACUCACAGUAUAAAUAUUUACAUCUAGAAAGCCGUCGGCUUGUCAGGCAGCUGUUCUUCCGAAGUCGGUCCGAGUCGUCGCCGGCACUCUGCUUCGCGGUAUCCGCCAUUCUGCUCUGAGGCUUGCGCCACGCAGAACUCCGAGCUUGCCAGUGGCAGUGUGGUGUCGCUCGAGCAAAGGAGAGGAAUCAGCUCCGUUACUUCAGAAUUCACUGGCGGUGCAGUUUCUUCUUCAGCUGGACCCGAGCGGCUUCGCAGUGGGUCGCUGGUUGGAAGAGGCGGGCGUGCAGCAUUGUGCGCGUUCUGCAUUGUUCGUCUGGAGGGUUACGUUCGGUCAACGGAGGCUCGGUAUGUCCUGGCGGAUAUAUCCCAGAAAUGCCGUCUCCCGCGUAUGCUGUUGAAAGCCAUGAUUGAGUAUGUCCUUGGAUGUGGAGUCGUCUUUGUGCAUCACAAACACUGGCUGCAGCAAAAUGAGCGAAACCGUCGUCAGGGUCCCUUCACUUUUGACUUCAUCAGGUUGCGACGAGGUGGUACCCGUACAGGAGGAGUGCUGCGAUAUCAGUGUUGUGUACAUCACCGGUGACGACAACAAUAGAACUGCUACGAGUAAUAUAGAGAAUAGCAGCUCGAUUUCCGGCCGACGUUGUGGCGUGACAGCGGACAAGGAACUAAAUCAUCACCACCGGACCCCGACAGUUCGCCAAUCUCAUCCGAAAGCCACUGAAUCCGAUGCUGCGACUAUCAGUAUUGCCGAACUGCCCGGUAGAAUUGCAAAGGACGCGAAAUGUACUCCGGAAUCCAACAAUUCGGAGAAGGAAGAGGAAGUUUUAUGUGAGCUGUCCUCACCCUCUAAUGAAUGGCCGAGUUCAGAAGCAGCUUUUCCUGGCCGCCGCAGGUCAUCGUGUGUAGCGUUUAGCCAGAACACGCCUGGCAGCAGUCCAAGUAGUUCAGAUCAGCAAGUGGCCGCAGGUGGACAGUGGCAGGCCAGCUACACCCCACCACCCACCGGCAGUCACACAAUACUGCAGACGUGCCGGGCAUGCGGCGGCCCUCUCUUUGACUCUGUCCAGGGGCCACCAAGCAAGGAGUGGCUGAUGCAGCGACAGCGACAGCAGUCAAUCACCACAACCCUGACUUCCAUCUCUAGUCCGUCACCGCAUGCACCAGGUCCGACACAAGAUGCGGGCAGUGACACUGUUGCCAUGGAGGCUGAUUGCAGGUCUGCUGCUGGUGGUGGCAGUGAUCAACACAGCAAUGAAUCUGAAUGGCACGGAGUAUACGGGUCACCGCUGGAUAGCGAAGAGGACCGACUCCUGUGCACUGGAUGUGGGCGAUCCGGAAAGCUCUGCCAGUCUGAGAGAAGCAUGCUUUCUGAAAGCUUAUGGUCCAUACCAGCGCUAGACAGAAGCAGCUCCUUCAGAUGUUCCCGACUGAAGCACCUGUACGAAUGUUUCUUCUUCCAGCACAGACGGCGAUCACUUGUGUUUGUGGUGCUAAUGUUGCUGGCCUAUCAUGUGAUCUUGGUGGCACUGGAGGCCAUCUCUCUCCACCACUGGAGGCAUUGGUUAUUGUUCCACGUCAUAACAGUGUUUGCACUGUACAUCCCACUGCUCCUGUACCUGUGGAAACUGCCAACAGCUGACCCAGCUCGAACAGAGAAUCAAGUAACUUUCCCAAUGGAUAGCCUGUGUCUGGCAUGCACACACUCCAAUUCUCCGCCGUACCAGAAGCUUUCAACGCGCCGGGAGGAUCUGGACACGUCCGGCAAGACUUUCUGGCGGAUCCGCAUCAUUGGACUGCUGUGUCUGAUACUGAUCAUGAUGGAGGCGUUCAUCUACUUGGCAAUGUGGAGUCCUCCGCGGCAGGUUAUAUCCGGUGCAUGGUUUGUGCUUCUCGCUUCCUGCUGUAUUCACACAAUGUUGCCCUUUGCGCUUACGCUAUCGAUUCCGGUGGUCGCCAUGUUUGACAUCAGCUACAUGGUCGUUGGCAGUCUAUCUAUUCAAGCAGCAAAUGCCGAUCAGGAGUACCAGAUGUCUGCUGUGGCAUUGCUCCUGAUCGCGUCCAAUCUCAUCGGCAUCACGCACCGUGCACAGACCAACAAGCACCAGCGUGAUGAGUUUCUUACAUCGCUGUCAUGCCUGAAGUCAACGCGUGAAGUGCAGGGCUACAUUUCCCUUCAAGAAAAGCUUCUCAACUCUGUAGUUCCACAGAGCAUUACCAAAGAGUGGAAGAGGACCAUUGAUCACAAUGGUGCACUGGAACUGAAACCAAUGGAUAUUGCUGAGCAGUCUGACACAGCAGCCAAGUGCUCAGCAAACGCCACGGUCAAUUUCCACGAUGUUAUUCUCUCCAUGCACGACACGGUUACCAUUCUGUUUGCUGAUAUCGUUGGAUUCACCAAGUUGUCAGCCAGCAUUCCUGCACAGCAGCUUGUGACGUUGCUUAACACGAUAUUCAGUCGCUUUGAUGAUUUGGCCAUAUCUGGGAACUGCUACCGAGUGAAGACACUCGGAGAUUGCUAUGUAUGUGUGUCCGGCUUGCCAGAUGCCCACCUGCGUCAUGCUGAUAACUGUGUACUGCUGGGCCUGAAGAUGUUGGAAGAAACUCACCGCUUGUCUGAGGAGACUGGGCUGGACUUGGCUGUGCGCAUUGGUGUCAACACUGGGUCUGUUGUGGCAGGUGUGCUGGGGAAAAUAAAGUGGCAUUAUGAUAUCUAUUGUGAUUCGGUCAGCGUGGCAGCACAACUGGAGGCCAGCGGUGAGCCUGGCCGUGUGCACAUCAGCCAGUCCACAUUUGACCUACUCCAAGACACAUUCUCAGUGGAGGCGGUGAGUCCCGAGAAGACUGGCCUGGGCGAUGUCUCCUAUCUGAUUGGCUGCAGGGAAGUACCGGCUAAGCCUGACUCGGGCUUCGAUGAUUGUGUCUGCAAGCCUAGUGGAGCAGACUUGGAGACGAGCAAUUCAGAUCUGAGCUUACCAAAAGACUGGGAUAUCCAUAUGCCUUUUAGUGGUUUGGCCAUAUCUCAGUCUUAUCCGGGUGAGAGAGUUCUUCCACAGGUGCCGCAUGACUCCCUCCACAAUGACGUAUCUACGAGCGAUCAGCUGAGUGACACCGCAGCCAUCUCGGUGCAUCGUCCAAGCGAGGUGUCCGUGGACGAACAUUUCGAGCCGGACCACCCAGGAGGUGUUCUUUCCGUCAACGGUGAGCCUGUGAUGUCAGUCUGUGACACAAUGGCUAGUGUCUUGUCGUCACAGCAGCUGGAGCAGGUCAGAGCCAGCGAUAUGAACUCUUGGACACUGUGCUUCCUACCUACUGGCUUGGAAAGAAUGUACCUAUGCGAGGAAGACAAGCAGUUUGGAGUGCGCACCUUCUACUCAGCUGUUGUUAUCUUGUUGGCAGCAGUUGCGCAUGGCCUGAUCAACAGGCACACCUGGAACCAUGCUUGGCUGUUGUGUGCCUACUUCAUCCCUACCGUCAUCUACCUUCUACUAUUCGUUGCAAGGUCGUGCAAAGUACAGCUGUUCUCAUGCCAUCACUAUUUUGUUCUCUUUGUACAGCGGAAUAUCUGGGUGCGCUACAUCACCACGACUCUCACUGCUUUGGUUCUGCCGCUGCUGAUCCUGCUGUCAGUGAAAGACUGUGACUCGUCAGCCCCGUUCCUCCCUGGUAAUGUCACAUCACACGCAAGCGUAGGCUGUGACUACCCGGAGUCCAGCUACUUGUGUCUACUGAUCGCAACUAAGCUGCUGCUACUGCAGACGGCUAUACUCAGCUACUACGUUUGGCUUCUGGCUCUCUUGAUUGCAACCACAGCAGUAACACUGAUGUUCUGUGUGUUUCACUCAGUGUUUGAUCGUAAGCACGCUUACCUACAGCUGUUGUCUGAUACUAAUUAUGGGGACAGUGAGUUCACUGGGUACAAUGCCAUUGGCCUUGUGAGUGUCAUUCUAGCCUACGUCUCUAACAUUCUUCACGGACGCAUGUGUGCUGAGAUUCGCCGCUUCUGCUACCUGUGUAGCUGGAGAAUUUCCAACAAGCAGCAUGCUACCGACGCACUUCAGAUGCACAAUCGACACCUGUUGCUGAACAUCAUGCCAAGGCACGUUGCUGAUUACUUUAUCGCAGUGCCAUCACACAGCCCAAGACUGUAUUCAAAGGAGCACAAAAAUGCCGCCGUCCUGUUUGCCAGCAUCCCCAAUUUUGGAGAGUAUUUGAGGACCGUGCAAUCAUGUGAGAAGUCCUGCCUGGAGAGUGUCCGCAUGCUCAAUGAGAUCAUGUGUGAGUUUGAUUCACUGCUGUCCUGUACACGGUCAGACGGCACAGCUUACUACAGGGACGUGGAGAAAAUUAAGACGGUGAGCAGCACAUACACGUACAUUGUAGCAGCUGGUCUGUCUGGCAGUGAGGACAUUGCUGAUGAAACUGACAUGACCGGCAGUGCGGAGGACAGUACCAAUGAGAUGACCAUGGCCAGCCAGCGUCGAGCACACACCUCGGCAUCCGCAGACCUAGUACGCCUGGCCCGUGCAAUGCAACACAAACUGGAGGAGAUCAACGAGAGUGCCUUCUACUCAUUCAAGCUGCGCUGCGGUGUUCAUCAAGGACCGCUCAUCAGUGGAGUUCUUGGUGCCAAGAAGCCGCUAUUUGAUAUCUUUGGUGACACGGUCAACAUUGCUAGCCGCAUGGAAAGUACAGGAGAGUCUGGUAAGAUCCAAGUUGUGCAGCACGUGGCGGAUGAACUCAGCGAAUGCGGAUUCAGCUUCGAGUCACGUGGUCUGCUACAGAUCAAGGGAAUUGGCGAGAUGGCUACGGCAUUUAUCAGUGAUGAUCAGGAGUAAGUUGCAUUGUUGACCCCCCCCCCCCCCCCCCCCCCCCCGCUCUCUCUCUCUCUCUCUCUCUCUCUCUCUCUCUCUCUGUCUUCUACUAGUUCCACUUGAAGUAGCAAUUUGGUACAUUGGCUGGCCGAUGUCAUCAGCUUAGUAAACCUUGCUGCUAUACUCGAGGAACUACUGCUAGAACUGGUGACAUGUAGUACAUCUGCUGUGGACUGCAUUGCCUCGGAUUGGGCAGAUUCUGUGCUGGUAACAUCCUGCGUCCAAGUUUUCCCUGUUGCGGGUCAACAUAGCUUCAGUCACUGCUUGAGAAGAUGUUGACACUAGAAAUGUACCUAGCAAACCCUUAUCUAUUUAUUGAUUGGCGUGCACUGUAUUCAUGCGAAAACCAAUAGUUGAAGCACAGUUGAGAACUAUCUGAUGUUCCAUUAUUUGGAGCCAUAAGUAUUAUUAUUGAUCCCUGAGUUUAGUGCACUCCGCUUGUGAUACCAUGGCGUAAAUGAGGCUAGUCACACGUGA